GAGAAAUCUGUUCCUCAUAUGAGCAGCACCUCUGGGGCCAGCAGGCUGGCAUAGAAUCAGGACCAUGUCCAUGGUUCUUCCCUCCAUGCUCUGUCUUGGGUUGUGUCUAGGCCAGAGCACUCAGGCGCAGAACGGAACUCUCCCACCACCUCUUCUCACAGCUGUACCAGGAACUAUGGUUCCACGUGGGACUCCUGUAAUGAUCCUGUGCCGAGGGCCUGCAGAAGCUGAAGCAUACGUGCUGUCUAGAGUGAGAGGCCCUGAGCCCUUGGAUAGUGAGAAACAACUGCUGUCUAAGAAGACAAACACUUGGAGUAUCACAGGGAUGACGCCAUACUGGGCAGGAUUGUACCACUGUUCCUAUCAGAGUGGAGGCAGCUGGUCCCAGUUCAGUGACCCCCUGCAGCUGGUGAUGACUAGAGCUUAUGACAAACCCUCCCUCUCAAGCAUGACUGGUAUCAUGGCACUUUCAGGGGAGAAUGUGAAGUUGCGGUGUUUCUCAACACUCAAGUUUGAUGCAUUUAUUCUUAUGAAGAAAGAUGGAGUUCACAUCAUCCAGAACCAAAUAUCCACCCCUGAGGGUGGUGGACACCAGGCUGUGUUCCUUUUGAAUCAAGUCUCCUCCACACAAACUGGGACCUACAGAUGCUAUGGUGUCUUCAGUCGUCACCCCUAUGUGUGGUCUCACCCCAGCGACCGAUUACAGCUUUGGGUCACAGAAGCUUCUGACGAUCCCGGUCCCACGAACCCCGGACCUUCGCCUGAAUUCCCUGAUGAGAUCACCACACUGCCCACUAUGACAGGAGGAAUGAAAGAGCAUACUGCUUGGCAUCUUUCUGCAGAGAAUCAAGUCCGGCUGAGUAUGGCUGGCCUGAUUCUCUUCGUCCUGGUGGUGCUCUUGGCUGAGGCCUGGUACAGCCGGAAGAUGCCCUUCAAUGGACACAGACAAGCCCCUACCUGAGUGUAAUGACAGCACUGAUGUCCCUCUUUUGGCAUCUGAGGAUUGUGUGGACCCUGGGGGAGCAGCUAGAGGAGAUAGGGCCCUGGCUAUGUAAUCUACUGAGACUAUCAAAAUUCGUUUCCUAUUGAAUCUGUAAUACCCUAACCACAGACACAGUGGAUUAAAACAGUACAUAUUUAUUCUGUUUUGGUUCUGGAGAGCAGAAGUCUAAAAUGUGUCUGCAGGCCUGCAUUCCUCUUUUAGGUUCUGAUCUGUGUUCCUGCCCUUCUGGUUUCUGGACUCUGUGUGCAUUCCUUGCCUUCUGUAUCCCUCCUCCAUCUCCAAAUCCACCAGUGCAGCAUCCUUUCUCCUCUCUGACCUCUGCUUCCUUCCUUCCUUCUUCUCCCUCUUGCUACCACCCUCCUGCUUCCCUCUAAUAACGACCCUUGUGAUGACAUAGGGCCCAAGAAGAUAAUCCAGGAUAAUAUCCCAGUCUCCAGAUUCUUAACGCCCUUGCAUCAGCACAUGUCCCUUUGCCACGGCAGGUCCCACUCACAGGUUCUGGUGAUUAGACGAGCACAACUUGAGGGAGACUACUCAGCCGACCUCCAGGAUCUCAGUACAUCUGACCAUUGAUCUGGCUGGACUCGCACUUCUGCACUACCUCCUGGGGGAGAUGUGAGGAUGAGACACUUAACACUCUUUAGAAUUUAGGACAAGACAUGAUUUGAAUAGAGAGACAUGCUUAACAAACCUUGCUUCAGUUUGGGUAAAGUAUAAAUUCCUAAGAGUGCUUGUACUUGGAGGGAGAAAAAUGAGUCCAGAGAUGGAAAUGCUGAUUUUUUUUUCCAAUAGUAUCCCUUUUUUUCUUUAAAGAUUCUAGAAAGCAAAUGGAAAAGUAUGAACAUUUAUUUUAGUUGGUUUGUUUCAGGAUUGAAGUCACAUGGCUAUUUGUGAUGUUAGCCAUUGUUCCUGUUUGGGGUUUAUUUUUGUUUUUUCUGAAAAGGAACAUCUUUAGAAGCAUAGGAGUAAAACAACAGACUCAGAGAAUGGUUAACUCUGACUCCCGUUACAGUUGCAUUGAUGAAAUCAUUCUGGAACUUCUUAGGUCCAAUCUACUGAAGUAACUAAUAAAUAUCCUCAGACUUAACCAGAAGGACACUGUGUUCUGUAGAGACAGGUAGAUUCUAAGUUACAUCACUUGUUCUUUGUUCUCAUCUCUGCCCCAUGAUUAGACUCUCUAUGAGCUCUCUGCUACUGGCUGCCAUUCCCUCACCCUCCUGGCUAAUUCCUACAUUUUUUAUAAGUGUCAGCAAAUACAUAACUUUUUCUUGGAUGUUUUCUCUGAACUCCUUCUCAGACCCUGCUAGUUGUCACUUUCAUGUGCUAAAUGACAACUUUUCUGUAAGGCCAACUAGUAAAUAUUUUGGGCUUUGUCAUCAUCUGAUCUUCUUUGCAACCACUCAAUUCUGCUCUUGUGGCAAAAAAGCAACUGUAGGUGACAUAUAACCACAAGGACAUGGCUGUGUUCCCAUAAAAUUUUGUUUACAAACACUAAAUCGUGGAUUUUGAGUCGU